AUGGAGGUAUUCUUCAUGGAUGAUUCCUCCUGUAACCCCUUCCAAGAGAAGGCACGGUCUUUCCUGGCUAAGAAGGCGAUGAGAAAGCGACUCGCGGAACAGAAACGGGCGAGAGACCGGACUAUUACUGCGUCCAAGAGGGCUAUCACUCCUGAAAAACAGACGAUUGAGACUACGAGACACGAGAGAGUCACCCAUAAGCCUGUAAUGGAGCUGGCCUUGAGAUUACAACAGGAGUUAACUCCCCUCGAAAGGCCUAUCCAGCUCCCCAGCAAGAGAUCCGUCAAGUCCAAAUGCCAAUGGGGUGUCAGCUACGCAUCGUGCCCGAAUCCCUCGCAAGCCGGUCGCAGUGCAUUUCGCACUAGCAACAUAGUAUCUCUUAUCUCACCAGUAAUUGCCUUGGCAAGUAAAGUCCAUCUGAGCAAAUGGCAAAACCAGGACGAACAGAGAAAGAUGCAGAUUCUAGCUCUUACCUACCGAGGAGAAGCAAUGAAGAUGGCCCGGAAACAGUUAUGCGUCGCUACAAAUACCGCUGAAGACAAUUCUAGCCUAGUUCAACAUCACCGAGACUUGGCUGUCGAGUCGCAAUAUAUCAUAAUUUUGCAACUUGUCUUGAUGGACUAUUUUUGUUUUCCCACGCAAGCCCAGGCACAUUUUGCGGCCAGCAGGAAGUUGGUGCGCUCAUUCACUGGUGACUCUAUGGCGAGCUUCGAUCAUUGCGAUAAUAUGCCGUCUUUUAUUCGCAAUCGUCAACUGCACCAUAUCAUGACUGCUUUUGAAGGUACACAUCACGGCCCGGAUAGCCUGUUUUGGGAUCGCGGAGAUUUAGUCUAUCUACGAGAAAACCUAUACAGGUUUGUGUGUAGAGUAUCGGAUGCCAACACGAUAUCAGCAGCAUCAGCAAGUCGCGGAAUGAAAUAUAUGUGCAGACCUAGAGUUCAUCCUCAAAGUUUGGUGUGGCAAUGCCUCAUUAAAGUCCCAGAGCACAAUGCCGGAGACUCCUUUUCUGAAUGCCAUGGACAACUAGCAGUUCUGAUGAGUCUUUGCUCGAUAUUUAUGGACUAUGAGCCUUCAACUGUGGUUCCUAACCAGUGUGUAUCUGAGUUGGAGAAUGGGCUACUCACUCUUGGAGUGGAAGAAGCUCUAAGAAAUGCGCUCAAUCUAGCGUGGAUGGUGGCCGGAAGCCUCGGCUUCCCGAUUGAAAGCGCGCGGCAACGCCUCUGGUCCAUUCUAGGUAUGUUGUAUGUAUUCCGGCAACAAUGCCAUAAAGACAUACAUUGCGGCUAUCGAGAGGAGCUCUCAGAAGGCCGGGUCAAGAGUGUAUGUCUUGAAUUCCUUGCGGGGAACACCGUGAGUUGGGUGACUUCAGAUAAUCUACAUAGUGUAUAA